GUUUUAGAUCAGUCAUUCCAUUGGGAGAGUUGGCUGUGUCACAAUGCGGACUGUCAUUCUCAUUGCCUUUGCGGCAUUGGCUGAUGCUGCGGCGGUUCGCCGAAACGAAGAAACGCCCGCAGCAAGCUCUACAAUCAACCCUUAUUUCCAGACCACGCCUGAACUCUUUGCAGGACCGACGGCGACGGGGGAGGCACCAUUUUUGGCUCAGACCAAUAGUCUACCACCGACAGGCGUGUCGUACAUCCCGCCGUACCCGCUGGAAACCCAGAUUCCCAUCGCCGACAAUCCGCAAGAUGAGAACAUUUUUCAGAGUAUGGGCCUGCUGAGCCCUUAUUACUCUACUCCUGAGGGUCAUGGCGUGGACGAAUAUCCGCUCCCGCCCGGCUCGAAUAUUUCCCAGCUGCACAUGCUUCACCGCCAUGGGGCUCGUUAUCCGGGAGCAUCCAGUGGUGUUACCAAGUUUGGCCAAAAGAUGAUGAAACUCAAGGGUACUUUCAAGGCUACUGGAGCGUUGUCUUUCUUGAACGACUGGACGUAUAAGCUCGGAAAGGAAAUUCUCGUCCCAGUCGGCCGUCAGCAACUCUUCGACUCCGGCAUCGCCCAUUACUAUCAAUACGGCCAUUUGUACAACACCAGUACCAACAUUGUUGUGCGAUCCACGACCCAAGACCGCAUGCGCAAUUCCGCUGAGUAUUUCCUUGCCGGCUUUUUUGGUCAGGACUGGACCAGAAAUGCUAGUCUUGAGCUGCUCGUCGAGGCCAAUGGUUUUAAUAACACCAUGACGGGAUGGGACAAUUGCCCCAUGUCCGAUCUCGGUCCCUCGCUUGGCGGCUUCAAUGCCUCUGAUGCGUGGGAGGCCGUCUACUUGCAAAAUGCGACGGCACGUUUGGCCGCCUUGAUUGAAGGCUAUAAUUGGACGCUGUCCGACACGUACAAUGCACAGAGUCUUUGUCCUUAUGAGACGGUCGGUCUGGGAUACUCCAAGUUUUGCGAUCUGUUCACUCUUGAGGAGUGGCAAGCCUUUGAGUACAACGACGCCCUCAACCUUGCUGGAAACUAUGGUUUCCAGUCUCCCACUGGUCGUGCGACCGCAGUUGGCUAUGUCGGCGAGCUUCUUGGCCGACUUGAUCACCACUUGCUUACGGAGACGUAUGGUCAAGCAAAUAUCACGCUGGAUAACAAUACUGCCACGUUCCCACUGAAUCAAAGCCUUUACCUGGACUUUUCGCACGAUACAAACAUGUUCUCUAUUCUGGUAGCCAUGGGUUUCAAGCAGUUUGCGCCUUUCUUGCCAGAGGAUAGACUUGUUUUGAAGCGCGACUUUAUCGUUUCGCACCUUGUGCCAUUUGCGGGCAGAUUCGAUAUCGAGAUCAUCAAGACCCCGCAGCCUGUCCCGGAGGAUCGUUCUACGGACUACAUUGGAGGACCACCCACUACUUAUAUUCAUUUUAUCGUCAACCAACGGACGCUGUCGCUCGGUCGCAGCUUCCCUGAGUGCGGUCUCCGCGCAGAUGGAUGGUGCGAGCUUGGCACAUUUAUUGAUAUCCAGAAGGGCAGUUUGAAGGAAGCAGACUUUGACUUUGCUUGCUUUGGAAACUAUCCUUCUUUGCCCUAUGGCAGCAUCAAGAACGGAGCGCCCCUUCGAUCUUAAGUCAAGUGACUGCUAAUGAUACACGAGCUACGAGCUGUUCGGAUAACAAAUAAAGGAAUAGAAACUCAUCUUUAAUUAUUCUCUCUAGCUCUCAGCCGAGAUUCUAAACUUGACUGAUUUCACGAGUGACUUUCCUAGUUGUCCCUAAUGUCACUAUUAUUUCCGAGUUUAACCAUCCACUCAACUAGAUCUUAGCCAUUUCAUAGCCGGCUGUUAUAUACUAAAAUCGUUCUCAAGUUACAGCUGAUACUUUGAAUAUCUACAAAAGCUUGUAAAGUUGGUACGGGAGUCCAUGAAGUACGACUGUACGGAGCAUAUUGAACUUGGAUUUGGGAAUAGAUCAGGUUUGAACAUUACUAGUGUAGCUUUUGCAUCCUAAAACGGAUAUGCCAGGCAG